CAACCUACAUCCACAGAUGACAACUACCUCAUCAGACCAGCAGAGCACCAGUCAUUUCUACUAACUGCACGUUAUGCAAUCAGAAAUAAAGCCCUUCCAUUGCCCGGAGCACGUUGGCAGGCUCAUGGCGGGCCUUUUUUGUUUGUACAUCUCCUACUCGCCAGACUCGUUCCCGUUUGAGUGGCUGCAAAAGACAGAGGACCUCAAGGUGCAAUGUAGGGACAGCACCAGUGAGAAAGUGACUUUUUCAACAUCCCCAGAGCUUCUACAAGCUAUCCACAGGUGCGAGAGAGUUACUGCGCCAGAGAAAACUCAUGGCCUCCCGAGCGACUGGGGUUUCUCUGGCUUCAUGAAGACCGCUGCCCACCAGGUUCUAGAUGAAGUUCCCUUUACUAAGGCUGCUGAGUUUGAAGGCCCCUUUUUCCGCAGGCUGGGCAUCGGCAUCAUAAGCGAUUCCCACCCUCGCAUUAAAGGUGAACAGAUCUUCUAUCUUCGUCAUAACCACUGGAGCUGCAUGAUUCGGGAUCGCUCAAUCACAGCCGGCACGGAACUGCAAGAAAACCGCAAAGAUUAUCUUCUGAAAAGUGAACUACUGGCAGUCACUUCGAUCUUUUACCGUCAGAUGAAUGAGAUGGUGUGGCUUCCUGAGGAGAACCGGUACAUGCCGAAGCCCAUAUACAAGGAAGGUUUUUUGGUAGCCACGAUCGUCACAUUCGUUUAUGGGAAAGUACGCAUAGUCCAAUCGACCUGCGACCCAUCAGAAAGGAACCCAACGCUCACCUUGACGCUGAGGGCUGUAUACAACCUCGGCAAAGACAACUAUGACAAAAUGGUAGCCUUUGAUAUUCUGAAAUGGAUAUUCUGUCCUCCGGAGCCCGCCAGGGAGCUUGCUAUAAGUGGAAAGCGAUAGUUGAUGCAAUUUGGAGAAGGCUUGAGAUGUGAGAGGUAAUAUUUCUGGGAUUUGCUGGUACAAGGCUGGGGCGUAUGCCUAGAGAGAGUUCGCGUACUGUGAUGUAUUUGAAUUAAGACGGGAUGAACCGUCGGGUAGUGAUUCAUCCCCUCUAUACCACCGUGGCGCUAUUGGUGAUGAUUGAGCUCUUUUGGCCCAGUCGCCGAAUAGAAAGACUGUACAAUUGUCAAUACUUUGUAGGUGCUAUGUACAGAUUAGUGCAAAAACAUCAUAUAU